CUGAAUGCCAGAUAGACAUCUGCCGUAUAGAAAUCGAAAAGUACACACUUUCUGGUAGCCCGUCGAUCGCGAGAGAUCUGAACAUGGAUGGGCAUCCAUCCGUGGGUGAGUAACGAAAACAUGUCAGAGGCACGGAGGCUGAUUACCAAAAAGACCCAGUCGAACGCAUAACAAAAUAUGGAUAAUGUUAAUUGCUGCUAGGAGCUUGAUCUGGGUGGGCAGGUCCAAGCAGAAGAUACGUCUGCAUCCCAUUGGGGCACGCCAAUUCUUUCCGUUUGAGUGCGCCACCUCCACCGACGCCGGCUUCGACUUCGGCAUGAUCGCAAUUUAUAAAAGCAUCGGCGGACCAGCGAUUUCGCUGCAGUAGCAUCCAAAGAUUGCUGGCGACUGGCAGCAUCACUCUGUUGAUAAGCAUCGGUCUACAGGAUUAUCAUUAGGAUACACACACACCCACACACACACACACACACGCACACAAUGAAGCGGUUCGAGUGGCUGCUGAUCCUAGCGUGCAUCGCGUCCUCCACGGCGGCUACUACCCAACGACGACGGCGGCACAGCAUCGUGGAGGCGGCACCUACCACCGCCAGCAACAGCGAUUGGAGCCUGGGACUGGGACUCGGUCCGGAGAUGAGUCUGGUGCGACGAGUGUACGAUGAUUGUCAGGACAAGAACGACUUCAUUGGCUGCCUCAAGCAGAAGGCGCUGCACGCGCUGUCGCGCGCCCUCGACCAGGAAUCCAUUAAGAUCAUGGAUGGCCUGGUGCUGGAGAAGCAGAACCAGACCGACACCGAGAGCAUCCUGGGCUCCCUCACGGAUGCCCGGCAGUUUGGCAGUCUCUCCCCCAUAGACCGCGCUCUGCUCGCCAAAGCCGACAAGCUGCUGCGGACCCACACGCUGAAGCUGGACAUGGACAUGGGCAUGGGCAUGGAGUCGGGCAUGGCGGUGGGACGCGGCCAUGAUAAGAAGAAGAAACACAAGGAUGGUGGCCACAUCAAGUAUGUGAUUGCCGCCUUGCUUACGGCCAUGGGUAUCGCCGGUCCGCUGGGCCUCAAGGCCCUGGCGGCGAUCGCUGGCAAGGCGCUAGUGAUCAGCAAGGUGGCCCUGACCAUAGCCGGCAUCAUAGCGCUGAAGAAGCUCUUCUCGCACGACCACAGCGAAGAGACGAGCUUCCAGGUCCACGCAGGCGAACACAAUAGGCGCAACACCUACGUCAUUCGACCCGUGUCCAAAACGAACGCCGGCAUGGGUGUGACCGCAGCCGGUGGCAGCUCUUCGGUGGAUCCAUAUCGCUACUACUACGAGUCCCAGAUGCAGUAACGAGUCCUCGCUUCCGCGGAUGUUUGGAGAAAUCUUCGCUCAUGGCAGCGGAGUCUUGAAGCAGCUAAACUACCAAAGAUCCAAACCGAACCGCGCCUGGCAAACAGCCUGGGAAAGCAGGCCCUAACCUUAUAGUAGAUCUUAAGUUUUAGGAUAAUCUAUUUUACAGUUGAAGCAGCGACGUGCCCUCAGCGGAGGAACCCAGUUAUUAGGCAGAGAGCCCU